AUGUACAUACAAAAGGAUGAACUCAACCAAAUAUCCAUCAAUGAGUCAGGAAACUUCUUACUUGCCUGCGAUGAUACAGGCAUUGAUGGUACAACUGUUGGUGAUGAUGGUACAGCCUUUGGUGAUGGAGGUACCACCUUUGGCGAUGAAGGAACUAUCUUUACCAAAGGAGCUGAAGGUGCCGAUAGAACAAGGUCACCUAACUGUAAUAUGAAAUCCAUUCGUGACAUUACUCAAGAAGAGUUAAAAUUAGGUAUUCAAGGUAGUGCUUCCUGGCAUCAUCAAUACAGGAAGAGUGCAUAUGUAUUUUUAGGUGGUUUAGAUUAUAACUUGACUGAAGGAGAUAUUUUGUCUGUCUUCUCACAAUACGGUGAAAUUGUCAAUAUUAAUUUGGUAAGAGAUAAGAAAACAGGAAAAUCAAAAAGGAUUUUGUUUUAUUGGUUAUCACUAGUACAGAGGAAAGAAGGCCGGAAGGAAGACAGGAAAGAGUCCAAUGAGCAGGAGAGCAACUCAUCUUUUACAUCAAGAGAACAUCAGAACAGUCAAGAACAUCAGAGAACAUCAGAGCAGUCAAGAACAUCAGAGAACAUCAAAGAACAUCAGAACAGUCAAGAGAAACAUCACAACAGUCAAGAACAUCAGAACAGUCGAGAGAACAUCAGAGAAGCACAGUCAAGAACAUCAGCCAACCACUUCCAAUCAUAUCGCUCAAAGCAUCCAGUGAUAUUGUCAGCUGUUGUACCAUCUCUUCACAUUGACUGCAAUAAUGAUGAAGAUGACUGCAAUAGUCCUGGGAAGAUAGAGAUUGAAAAUAUUAUAAGAAAAACAGGGAAAUCAAAAGGAUUUUGUUUUAUUGGUUACGAAGACCAAAGAAGCACUGUUUUAGCUGUUGAUAAUUUUAAUGGAAUUAAGUUAUGUGGCCGAACAAUAGGUGUUGAUCAUGUACAACAGUAUCGACGUCCAAAAGAUGAACAUGGAAAUGAAAUUAUUGAGAAGGGUUGUGCUCCUAAAAACACCACAACACCUUCUCCUUCACCUGAACCUUCGAAUGAAUCAAAAGCAAAAAAGAAAUCAAAGAAAACCAAAAAAAGAGAAAAAGAAGAAGAAAAAGAAAUCAAAAGAGCAACUACCAGAAGAACUCAAAGAUAG